AUGCAAGUAGCUGAGAAGUACAGGAAAGAGUUUCAGGAGUAUAACGACAAGACACUUCAUUUACCAACCCAGACUCAAAAUGAAUCAAAGAAGAAAGAAUUUGUGGAAGACCAAGACAUCAAAGUGCCAGACAUCACGACACCCUUAGCGAAUGAGGUAGAGCUUGUGGGAGAGAUCAACAACAAUGCCAAUGAGAGCAGUGAGGAAGAUUUAAAAAGAGAAGUCGAGAGUAACACUCCAAGCUGCGAGGAAAAAAGUGACGGUAAGCUGUAGCUACAAGGCUAGGAAGUUAGGUAUCAAAAGAGUCAUUUGCAUGUCAGUCUUCAGAUAAUUGGUCCUUUGUAGAUCAAUGCCAUGUUUUGUUUUUCUCUUUAACUUCUUUUAUAUUUCGAACGCCCCACUUUCCUUCUGCAAUGCUAUUGACGGUCUUUACUGUGUCGUGGGCUCGGUGUUUGCAUAGUAUGCCUUCAGCCGAGUUAUUCGUGACUUUGUGGCAGAAACUCUUCCAGAACAAAAAGAAUAGCUACAGAAAGUCGGAUUCUAAAAGCCGUUCUCAGUAGAAAUUUAUCUUGGUAAUUUUACUAUAGCUUAGAGUGUAAUUAAGGAGGUGUCAUGUAUAUUUAGAAUCACGAAACGUCAGGUUGAACUCAGGAGACUCCGUGAUAUGAGUUCUCAUAAUUAGAAAAUGAGCCGACAGAAAAUGUCCAAAUUUACUGCGCUUUUUAAAAACACGCGAAUUCUGAAGUUUAAAAGCCAACUGACGAUUCCGUUAUUCGCUGCCGUCAAUCAUCUAAACGGACGUCUUCGCAAAUUGAAGUUUACUUCAAUGGGUUCAAAAGGUCUAUGGUUUGUGAUUUGCGAUUGUUGGCCUGUUCGAUCCGUUUUGCGUGUUUCUUUGUCUCAAGGUUCGCUACUUGUAAUCGUAAUUAUGAUUGACGGGAGCGAAAAACGUUGUGAAGGCGCCUUUUGAACUUCAGAGUUCGCGUGUUUUUGAAAAGCGUCGUAAGCAGAACAAAUAAAUCUGGCACGAAACUACUUCUCUACUGCCUCCCCCCUCGAGCUCGGACGCUUUUUUUUCGCACAGAGGCGAGCGCGAAACUCAAGUAUAUAACUGUUCACAAAGCGCUAGGGACCGCGGGAAGGAGAGGCGAAGCACGUCUCGCCCGUUUUCUCCUUCCCGCCUUUGUUUGCCCGCAUCGAGAGAGAAAGAGACGUCUGGGUAAGAGGCAGACUUUUCUAUGAAGAAAAUUGAAGGGAAACAAGGUCACGUGCUACAAACUAACGUUCGCGUAAACGUGAUUUUAUAUCUUAUGUUUUCACGGAGGAAAUAUAUGUUUGUCACUGUUUGUCUGUAUGGCUGGAUGGUUUAGGCCACUAAAUUAAAGAAAAGUCAGCGAUUUAUUUUUUGUUUGUUUGUUUUUUGCUGUAAAGACCAAACAAACAAAGAAAUUCUCACAGGCAAGCGACACGCUGAACAUCAAGGACAAGAUAAUCGAGUCACAGAGGAAUCUAAGCCCCAAGAACAAGAUAGGUAUAGCUAUGAUUUUCGGACUUUUAUUUAUGUUUAUAUUAAUUCUGUUGAUAAAAGUGACCGGAUUAAUCACUUAAGAAUAUUGAGGUUUAUCUUGAUAAUAUCCUAUAGUUUUAUUACCACGCAAAAAUAAUUUUUAAAGGCCAAUCGAAAGACUGUUUAAGGACGGACUACUAAGGAAUUCAUCAUUCCAAAUCAAUCAACACUGAAUAUCGAUCCAAACAACACCCUCAUAGUUUCUUCUGCAAAUGUACGUGGCUUUAAAAGCCCUCUCUGAGAGAUGAAUAUGUUGAGAGAGUGAAAUUGUCGAAAGGCAGGGUUUAAAAUUGCCUUGGCAGAAAGCAAUCAGACUGUGACAAAUGAUAGCUAAUAGUUAACAUCUUCUCGUGUAAGAUCCAAAUUAUGUUCAGGCUGACUGUACCCCCAUUUACGUAACCUACAAAUUCUAGAAAGACUGAGCAACUUAGCCCCUGCGCUUUUCGCUAAAGAUUGGUUCGCAUCGCUACUUUUACCAGCUGUAUUUCAAACUAAAGUAGUGUUUUUUCCUUUUGAAGACUUCCUUAUGCGAUCUUUGCAUAAGGCUUUCGCAACGUAUGUAACCUGUGCCGCAUCGUAAUUUCUAUAUUUGAUCUUAUUUUAGCAGGCCUGUUUCAGGUAGAUCCAAUGGAAUCCGUAAAUUGGACAUCCUGAUGACCGAGUCAAGAGUUGAAAAGAUGAAAACUGUAUCGUCGUUAUACGAGAAAGACAAGUUACAUGCAUGGGAUAAAAAUGAAUCUGAGAGCGAACUAGAACCGCAGCAGGAAAGUACGUUAAUCAAUCUUCGGAAAGAAUACUCUUGUAAGAAACCCUCUCAAUCCUAUGAAGACUGGCUUCAAAUGAAGCGAUCUCAAGAAAAAAACAGACCAUCAACUGCGCCAACACAGAAAAGCAGGCUUGGAAAGAGUAUCGAUCCAGAGUCAUUCAAGAAAUGGCUGAAUAGUAAGCGACACCAACGGACACAGUCGAAUUCUGAAUCUUCUUAUUCUAAUAAAAAGACCCUUAUUAGUUCUGGAGGAUUGACGUUUGAACGCUGGCUUGAAACAAAGUUGUCAAACCGUCCCUUUAGUGCUGUAAAUUACGUCACCGAGUCACCAGAUUCAACAUUAGGGGUGACUAACAAAGUUAGAAAACAAAAUGUGUCUGGAAAACCAUUCGAGGUUUGGCUAGCAGAAAAGAAAACAUUGGAGCAGUCUGUUCAUGGAGGAGAAAAUUACAACGAACAAGACAAAAACACUUCGAGAAGUGGCAAAACGUUUGAAGUGUGGUUAAAAGAAAAACACAGUCAAAAGCAGAUUGAGCUUGUGCAAAAGAUAACUACAGAGAAAGAGGAACAAAGACUGGCGGAAAUAGAUAGGUUACAGAAGUGGCUGAAUCCCCGUUACAAGACUUACGAGGAUUGGCUGGCACUUAAGAACCAUCAAGCUAGGUUUGAACGCUUGCGAACCCAGAGCGAGCCACAAAAACAACAAGAAGACAUUUCCGAGGAGGAAAAACAAAAGGACGCCAAAGUUGUUUUUGACAUCUGGCAGACAAUGAAGGCACUUCAAGAGCUAAGGGACGAAGACAGGAAAUAUAAGGAAAUGAAAGCAAAGUGGGCUGCGAAGCAACGCGUAAAAGAACAACUGAGAAGGCUUAAUGUUAUAAAUAAGGCCAAGCAGUUUCAUUUGCGAUCUACAUCAGCGCCGAAGAGUUGACGUUUGUCUCGAACUUGGUGCGCAGGGGCUAGAGGAGACUCCAUCUUGUUUUUUCGAUCCCACCCUGCCAGCAGUUCGCCAACCUCGUCCCCAGGGCGGUGGGGCGGGAAA